AUGCUACAAGUUCUCCUCUAUUUUGCUUUAAAUUUUUCCGGUUUCUUUUUCUUUUUGUAUGUGUGGAAUCGAUUGCCAAAGCCGAAACCUUUUGAUUAUACAACAAUUCCUGGAAUUAAGCUCGAUGUAAACACAGCUGAAGAGAUUCCCGACCUCGUCAAAAAGCCGGGAUCCCUUCCGGAUCGGGAUUUCAAAGGGCAUUUCGACGAAGUUUCCAAGUUCACAACACUUCGCACAUUUUUGCAAUUCCUACUCUACACUUAUGGACCAUUAAAUUCGUUUUGGUGGUUCGAUCGAUAUGUGGUCACAGUUUCUAACGAAAAGCUAGUAUCCGAAUUAAAAAAGAACCGCGCCAAUCUGAUUGCAAUAUCACCAUUUAGCAUAGGAAGUUAUUUAAAUGGUGAUCCGAAGUAUUGUACAGCAGUUGAAUAUGAUACCAUAAGUUUGAAGAAAGAUGGUCCAAUUGAAAAUGACCCGCAGGCAGUUCUCGCCGAAAGUGUUCAAGAUAAUUUGGUGAUCAAAUCUGAUGUAGGAGCUACCCCAUCGGAAGAUGUUUUUGGAAUUGAACAGAUUAAAUCGAAUUUGAGACGAGUUGAAAAAAUGUAUGAAUCAAAAACUUCAUUGCGUUCCCGUCUAAGCCGCCCACUUGUAAUUGCAUUCGACGCAGAAAUUGAAAUUGAUGCUCACCCAAUUCCAAAAUAUAUUCCAAUCAUUAUUAAUACUGAAGCCAUAUUGACAGAUUGGAGUUAUGAUGAAUUGUUCCCGAAAUUUUACGCGAUUUUCUAUUGGCUCCCCGGUUUUUAUGAGCUCUGCGAAUUUAAAUGA